AUGAAGAAGUUCACCUUCAAGGGCGUGCUGGAUGGCUUCCGGUCGUCGGUCAACCAGCAGGCGGCGGCGGGGGCUGGCGGGGCGGCCAAGAUCUGCGUGGAGCAGGAGAUCCAGGAGACGCUCCGCUCGGAGCACUUCCAGCUGAAGAAGACCUUCCGGCAUGGAUUUCCCUUCUCACCCACCGCGCUGGCGUUCGAUCCCGUCCAGCGCAUCCUGGCCGUGGGAGAUAAAUUUGGCUCGAUGCGACUGUUGGGCAAGUUUGGUGUCGACGCCCACGUCAAGCACGAGGGCGAAUCGGCCUGCGCCGUCAACCUGAUCGAGUUCCUGGUGAACGAGGGCUGCCUGGUGACGGCCACCGCCGACGACACGCUGCAUCUAUGGAAUUUCCACACCAAAAUCCCGAAGGUGGUGCAGAGCCUGAAGUUCCAGCGGGAAAGAAUAUCUCGCCUGCAUCUACCCAUCGGUACCAAGUGGCUCUACAUUGGAACGGAAAAAGGAAAUACGCACAUCGUCCACGUCGAUUCGUUCACCCUCAGCGGCUACGUUAUCAAUUGGAACAAAGCUAUCGAUCCCAUUCGAAAAACGCACCCUGGCGCAGUGGUCCACCUAUCCGAUAAUCCGCUCGACGCGAACAAGCUGCUAAUAGGAUUCGAGUCCGGUCAAUUAGUGCUGUGGGAUAUGAGAGGCAAAUGUGCGGAAUUUCGCUGGCUAUCGCAAGAGCCGCUCAGCUCCUGCUCCUGGCAUCACGAAGGGAAACACUUCAUAACAUCACACACCGACGGUUCUUUAUGUACGUGGCCUUUGAAACUUUCACCAAAACCCUUAACUCAUAGUUUUCCUCACGCUAAAACGAACAAGGAAGGAAAAACGGAGAGCUGUAACUCAAUUCAAAAAGUCGAAGUGAAAACGAAUAGAAUAGGAGAUCAAUUUACCAUUUUCUCGGGCGGUCUGCCGACGGAAAAAUGCAGCCCCAAGUCGCACUGUAUCACCGUCAUGGUGCAGGGCAAAUCGACGACCGUCCUGGAGAUGGAGCACAGCGUGGUCGACUUCGUCACCAUGUGCGAGAGUCCUUGGGGCAGUGACCUGCAGGAACCGUACGCGGUGGCGGUGCUGCUGCAGAACGACCUCGUCCUGAUCGACCUGCUGACGCCCGGCUAUCCCACGUUCGAGUCGCCUUAUUCGAUGGACCUGCACGAGUCGCAGAUCACCUGCUGUACCUACCUGGCCGACUGUCCGUCCGACCUGGUGCCCGCGUUCUACUCGGUCGGGCGGAGUGCGGCCACCAACCGGCGAUCCGGCUACUCCGAGCGCGAGUGGCCGAUCAACGGCGGUGAAUGGCAGCCGACGUCCUGCAGCUACUCGGAGAUCAUCCUCACCGGCCACCAGGACGGCUCGAUCAAGUUCUGGGACUCGAGCGCCGGCACGCUCCAGGUGCUGUACAAGCUGAAGACGUCGAAAAUAUUCGAGAAACCCCGAGUGAGAUCGCUGGACAGCGGCGAGGAUGACCCGCUCGCCAUCUCGAUGCUUUCGCUGUGCGCGGAAUCAAGAAAGCUCUGUGUUGCCUGCAACUGUGGUUACGUUGUCCUGUUCAAGUUCCGGAGAGCCGAAAGCACCGGAGAUAUUGUGGUUCUGGACAUUCCGUUCACCAUGGAAUCUUUUACCGAAUUUGAAGGCAGUCCCGAGUGUGAGUUCAUACCUAAAUCACUGCCAAAAACCGGUGACUCAGCCGAGAGCGAUAAGAAGGUAAGCAACUGCAGCCUACUGAAGGUGAAAACUGGACCACAGCGGAAGCCGCCCGGGUUUCAAGCCCAGCUGGUAUGCGUCCCAUCGUGGGCGUGCGGCAGUGUGCAGAUUACUGCGCUCACGAUCAAUUCCAACUACGGACUCAUGGCUUAUGGCAACGAGUACGGCUUAACGAUAGUCGAUAUUGUGAAGAAGACGUGCGUGCUGAACCUGUGCACCCAGGAGAUCUACGGUGCGCAAGAUCCGUACUCGCGGACGCCUCGGAGUCCGAAGCGUUUGGAAAACAGUCAAUCGAAGGACGAUUCAUUGCGUUCCCCUAGCAUAGACCAGACCAGCCACGUUGACUCGGCGCGGCCAGAGGAGACGGUCGAGUCGGCGGUUGAGGCGGAGGAGGCCCCCCCGGUAGACUGUCCAACCAUCCCCUCCUCCUCUUCCAGCGCCACCUGCCCGGUGAGCGGUACCGUCGAGGGGCACAGUCCGGGCCCGAGUGGUCCGAGCGCCCCACCAGGUGGCGGCCAGGUGUUGGUGGCGGCAGUGGUGGUGGAGGGUCCGUUGCCGGCACAGGUCCUGGCACCACCGACGGAGGAUACGGUGGCCCCACCGGAACCGGUGGGAACUCGGCGGGCGAAAAAGUCUUUCAUUGAGUCCUUGCCACUGCCGAAGUGGCUGCGCAACACGAAUAAGUUGGAUAACUCAUUCUCGAGAUCUCGUUCAUCUUCUAUGUCAAGCUUAGAAAAUAAUGCAAUGGAGGCUGUGACUUGUUUGGCUUUUGCCGAUAGUUAUGUAAAAAAAAGCGAUCCCUCAAUGGCAUUGCCUACAGCAUGGUUAGGAACCAGUUUAGGAUCGAUCCUAACCAUCUCUCUUUCCAUUCCGGAGAACGAUCUGAGGAAAGCGAAUGUGGUACAGACAGCACCGACCGGAGCUAUGUUCCGGCUGAAGGGGUCCAUCCUUUCGAUGUCGCUUCUGGAUUGCAACGGGGCGCUCAUUCCGUACUCGUUCGAAAGCUGGCGCGAGGAUUCGAAGGACGGCAAAGAGAAGCGGGAAAGGACGCCUACCAAGACAUCGUCCACCAAGAUGAGCCCUACCAACCCGGACGGUUUGUGCGAUCGACAGUUUAUUGCCAUCGCGAGCGAGAAGCAGGCAGGUGUGUUCGCCCUGCCAAGCCAGAACUGCGUUUACCGGAAGAAGCUGGUUGAUUUCGACUUCAUUGUCAAGGCGGAAAUAAUCAGCAUGAAAGAUAGCGUGUGUCUGAUAUGCUACGCAUCGAACGGGCAUCUCAUGGUCUUUACCCUUCCCAGCUUGAAACCCCUACUCGAAGUUGAUUUUCUUCCAUUGGCCGAUCUAAGUUUCCAAACCAAGUGUAAACAGGGCGUGGUGGAUCCAAUGCUGUCCAUUUGGGGGCAACAACUUAUAGUCAAUGAAGAUUCGAAUGUGAUUUCACGGACGUUUAGCUUUAGUAACAAGGGCCACGGAUUGUAUCUAGCCACACCCACCGAAAUCCAAAAAUUUACCGUUUGCCAAGAAUUCAGCCACCAAUACAACAAUAUGCUUGGCGAUCUCUACGUACCUCAUGAAAUGCCGGAAGCACCAAAGGAAAGCUUCUUCAAGGGACUAUUCGGCGGAGGCAUGCGCAACCUCGACCGGGAGGAGCUCUUUGGUGAAUCCAGCGGCAAAGCGAACCGGUCGGUGGCGAAACACAUCCCAGGUCCGAACGCCAACAUCCAGGAGCUGAACGCCCGGACGACGUCUGUCACGUCAGAGAUCGGCAAGGCCCACCAGCUGAUGCUGGAGCGUGGCGACAAGCUGAGCCAGCUGGAGGAGCGCACCGAGCGGAUGGCAAACGAGGCGCAGCAGUUCUCCAGCUCGGCCCAUCUGCUGAUGAACAAGUAUAAGGACAAAAAGUGGUACCAGCUGUAAAUCUCGGGUGGCGAGAACACAACCCCGUGGAGGGGAUGUCGGGGGAACGGUGCGGGAUGGGUCGUGUGCGAGAUAUGGGGAUCCGGAUGCCGGUGGAGUGGUUUUGGUUGGGGCAACUGCUGCUGUUUGCCCAUGUUCGAGAUUAGCAACCGUUAUUUCUUUUUAACUGGAGCAAGGUCCUGCCACCAGCCUCCGGUUCCCCGGUCGCUCUCGCAGCACCCAGGGUUAGUUUCGUUAUUUCCAGACCAUUGUUCUCGUUCGGUUGACGCGAAAGUUGAAGAAGCAAGAAGAGAUGCCCUCCCCCGCUCCCCUUCAGGAGGCGAAAGAAGAAAACGGAAGAAAAAAAACGAUCCCCAAAUGACAAUGGUGUGGCUUUAAGGAGAAUUUUAGGCAGCGUUUGAGAUGAGAGAGAUAGAGACAGGCGGUAUAGGAUGUGGUACGGAUGAACGAUUAUCCUCCUCGCUCACACAGGCACACACGUACACACAUUUACACCAACACCUCCAUACACAUGUUAUAAAUCAUGCCGAGGGGAAAAUUGGCGAUGCGUUGAGGGAAUGGAGAGAUCGGAGCAAGGAUAUGAAUAGGAAUGGCAGGGGUGGUAACUAAUAGCGCAUUCGGUUUACUCGUUGAAAACUUUUUAGAAACGUAAGCAUUAAAAAAAAGCAAGCGGCUGAAGGCGGCAACUGCAGGAGAAGAAGAAAAAUAACAAAAAAAAUUGGUUGCCAGUGGAGGAAAAUUGCAAAACAGCAGAUAAUACCAAGAAAAACCGGCAGCAGCAGCAACAAAAAAACAAUGUUAUAUUAAAUUAUUUUUUAACCUAAUAAUGAACAACAAACAAAUAGAGCAGCAGUGAGUCACGACAGUGAGACAGAAACAAGAAAAAGAGGAGAAAAGCAAAAACCAAGUCAUUACUCAGAGUAGUGAACCAGCGAAGUCAAAAGAUGUUGCAGAUGAUGAAGAAACACACACACACACAUACACAAACAUUCAGAGAAACACACGAGAAGAUGAAGAAAAACAUAGUGAAAGUGUUUGCCAGGCAGUUUUCGGAUCACAAGUGGUGUCGCCAAGCGGAGUUUUGCCAGUGAAACUCAGCAAAAUGGCGCCGUUUCGUCUUCGGUUCCGCAGGAGAGCGUGUCGAUGCGGACCGGGGAAGAAGAAAAACAAGUAAAAAAUUACUGCGCGUUGCGUAUCAUUGUACAUAGAACAUUUUGAUAUGACGUGUACUGUACAUAUGUUGAGAAAAAUAGCUAUUAUUGAAGAAAAAAAAAACAAAACAAAAAACAU